AUGGAGAAGCAAAAUGUACCUAUGCAGCAAUAUCCUCAGUCACCAGACAUGACCGGCCAACCACCUAUCUAUCAUCAAGAUCCAAACGCGCAACACUAUCAACAGCAACCAGCCAUGUACGCGCAACAUCCUCAAGGCCAGCCUGCUGGCUCACCGCCACCCCAACACCCCCAAGGCGCAUACAUCCAGCCCGACCAUGCUGGCGCUCAGCCUGGCAUGCCCCCCCAGCAACAAAGCGGAGCCGUCUACCAGAACGCAACACCAAUUGCAAGCCUAAACCGCGGUCCUGCGCCUGCAGAUUGUCCUGCGUGCGGACAACGCGCCAUGACCAACGUCGCGUUUGAGACGGGAAACACCACACACGCCUGGGCUCUCGGUCUGUGCUGCCUCUGCUGCUUAGGAUGUAUCCCCUACGUGAUGAACUCGCUCAAGGACGUUCAGCACAAGUGUGGCCGCUGUGGUGUGCUGCUUGCGACUUGGCACCGCAGUGGAACCACUGAGGUACACAUCCACUCUUAG